UAGGGUAUCGUCCACUGAUGGGGGUUGCGAGCACUUGAAGGUCAAACUGUCGCAAAAUGAUUGGUGCGUCUCAUCGACAAUUCGUGAAAAUUUUCAGAAGCGGUCAAAUCAAGACAUUUUUGGAUUUGAAUUGAUUUCAGCUACACUAUGUCUGAUAACGUUCAUUCUUCAAGUAACGAAGACGACUCCAUCGUGAUGAUGCAUGAUAUAGGCCGAAUCUUCAAUGAUAUUAUAUUAUCUCGAAGAUUUACAAGUUGGGACAAUUUUGAGACCUGUUUGAAAGAAGUACAUAAGUAUACGCAUACUAAGUACGUUAUGUCAGUAUGCAAAAAGAACAGUGAUGAUCCAACUCUAAAGUACUUUUUCGUGAGAUAUGUCUGUACAUAUGGACGUAAACGCAGUUCGUCAGAGUCAGAUGCUUGCGUUCAGGAUGUAGAUGAUGAUAGUAAUAAUCAUUCUUCUGAAGAGCAUACAACUUCUAACUCGCCAACACAACCUAGGCAAAGGAGACGACGUCGGUCAUCUACGUCGAAAUAUUGCCACUGUCAAUCAGGAUUUUGGGUCCGGGCAGUGAAUGGUGAGUUGAAACUCACCUCUAUUAAAACCGUGCACAACCAUCCUUGCACAGAAGGAUAUAUUUCUGUCGAUCCAUCGAAACGACAGUUGACCUCAAGUGAACGCUUGUAUUUAAGAACGUUUCUACUGAGUAAUACACCAACUCGUAGCUUACGGUAUCUGGUUUCUUUGAAGUUCAAUAAACAGCUUACCAAGGACGAUAUCGCCAGAAUGCGUUCACAGUUGUACCCAGGUUGUUGAACUCACAUUGUAAUUAAUUGAGUUUAGACACUAAAAAUAUCAAUGACAUCUUACAGCGUGUUCAAGCGAACACUGAAGUAAAAGUAUUCAAUGAAAAUGGGAAUAUAUCUAUGAUUUGCUUCGGCGUCAAGGAGAAAAUAGCUGUUUACCACGCUUUCUCGGAGGCAAUAUGCAUUGAUUCGACUUAUCAGACCAACAAAGUUGGGUAAGUAAAGAUUAGUAAUAAAUUUAUCUCGAAGUUUUCCACUGUUCCAGCUAGUGGUGAUUGAUAGUCUUGGGCAAGAGCACACUGUUAUGUAUGCUCUUUUCAGGCAAGAACGACGCUAAAAUGUCGUAAAACUAUUGCAAUGCUUUAAAGACAUAAUGUGUGUUAGUGUGUGUUCCUUUGCCUCUAUAAGCUUUGUAGACUUAUCUCGAUAUAGCAACUGGUGGACACGGAAAUACAUAAUGGACUUGGUUCUUCGUGCGCUGGACAACAUGUCAAUCUCUACAGAAAGUGGUGAUUUGCUAGAGAAGUUCACUAACAACUACCACUCAAUCCAUUCUCUUAGUGAACAUUUGGCCAGUAAACUCAUCCGUUCAUGCCUCGAAGCAUCGAAAGACAUAUGCGCACAACUGAUGAGUUCAAUCGCUGCUAAUGAUGAAGCUACAACGUCAGAAUCCAUUGUUCAUACAGACCAUAGCUAUGCUUCUUGAUAACAAGAAGUUCUAAUAUUGUAAUCUUUUUAGUUUUACAUAAAUUCAUUUAUAUGGC